AUGUCUACCCUACCAAAAAGAAUAAAUCAGAAUGGAAAAACGACUUUGCAACGCUUAGAAAUUUUCAUUAAGACUUUAAGGUCUCCGUUAAAUACCGAGUCGUAUAUAGAAUCCAUAAUUUUAAAAAAUGAAGUAAUCGUCACUUUGUGGAAUAAUUUAGGCACUUCAAAAAUUAAUAAGAUGGAUAAUCUCUUAAUUGCCGAAAGGGUCGAGGUACCAUUACACUUGAAGAGUACCGUAUAUAAGGAUUUUGAUUUAGUCAAAUAUAUUAUGGACGGAAAUAAAUAUCAAGUUCGAGAGGCUACGUGGAAUAACAAAGGAAAUAAGAUAUUUAUUGUUUUAAAACUUAAUGAAGAAAAACCGGAUAAAUCAGAACAUAGGGAAAUUAUCGGAAAGCUUCUAGUUUAUCAUUCAGUCAAUGCGAAAAAUACCCAUGAAGGUACCAUAAAAUUUUAUAGAUCAAGUCGAUGUACGUAG